GCGGCUUAUUUGUGAGCAGAGACACUAAUUAAGCUUCGUGGAACAUUUUGUGCCAAGUUGAAAUAUAAACGGAACAUGCCCAUUUUAGUAAAAACGUAAGUAUUUAUGUGGUUUAUAUACAUUCCUACAAGUGUUUAGCCGCCCCGGCAUCGCAACGUGGCGUUGCCACAUUCGUCGCUAAUUUAUUUGCUGUCGAGUUUGUGAGCAGCUGCUCGCAAUUCCUGAAUCUGGUGAAAUUUGUGUGAUAUCCGUGUAAUGGGGCCGCCAAAAAAGUCGAAAAAGGAUCGCGGCACUGUCGAUAAGUUCGCCAAGAAGCGCCGUGCUGAAGAUGAAGCGUACACACAACUGGCGGAGGACAAUGAUAGCAGUGACCAUGCCGUCGAGUCGGAGGGUGUGCCGGGCGCUGCCUCAAAGAAUGCCGAAACAAAUGAUGAGCACAUCAUGACCGAUGAAUACGGCGCCAAGGACUAUCGAUCCCAGAUGCAACUACGACCCGACCAUGCGAACCGCCCGCUGUGGGUGGCACCCAAUGGCCAUGUCUUCCUUGAAUCCUUCUCGCCUGUGUACAAGCAUGCGCACGACUUUCUCAUUGCAAUCUCGGAGCCUGUUUGCCGGCCGGAACACAUUCACGAGUACAAGCUGACGGCUUAUAGUUUAUAUGCGGCCGUAUCUGUGGGUCUGCAAACACACGACAUUGUAGAAUAUCUGAAGCGCUUAAGCAAAACGAGUAUACCGGAGGGCAUACUUGAGUUUAUUCGGCUGUGCACCUUGUCGUACGGCAAGGUGAAGUUGGUGUUGAAGCACAACAAAUAUUUUAUUGAAUCGCCACAUCCAGAGGUGCUGCAAAAGUUACUUAAAGAUCCAGUUAUACAGAAAUGUCGGCUGCUUCGGCCAGAGGAGGAAGGAUUCAUUGAGGGCACUCUCGAAGGCAAGGCCAUAACACAAUUCGGCACCAAGUUGCCAGCCACCGCUGGCGACACCGAAAAGACUGCAGCCGAAGAAGCGGCGGGACCGAGCACUUCAACAGCUGCAGCUGCAGGACAACCCGCUGACGGUGCUCCAGCUGUGCCCGAUGAUAUCACGGAUUUCUAUGAAAAAAUCGACAAGGAAGAGGAGGAUGAGGAUGAAGCUAAUCUGAAGACCGUUUCUUUCGAAGUUGCGCAGGAGAAGAUCGAACUUAUACAGAAACGUUGCAUUGAGAUUGAACAUCCGUUGCUAGCCGAGUACGAUUUUCGCAAUGACACCAACAAUCCCGACAUCAAUAUCGACCUCAAGCCAGCUGCCGUGCUGCGUCCCUAUCAGGAAAAAAGUCUGCGCAAGAUGUUUGGCAAUGGACGGGCACGCUCCGGCGUCAUUGUUUUACCCUGCGGUGCUGGCAAGUCCUUAGUGGGUGUCACUGCCUGCUGCACUGUCCGCAAGCGCGCCCUGGUGCUCUGCAACAGUGGCGUUUCCGUCGAGCAAUGGAAACAGCAGUUCAAAAUGUGGUCCACUGCUGACGACAGCAUGAUCUGUCGCUUUACUUCGGAGGCCAAGGACAAGCCCAUGGGCUGUGGCAUAUUGGUCACCACCUAUUCAAUGAUAACGCACACCCAGAAACGUUCCUGGGAAGCUGAGCAGACGAUGCGCUGGCUGCAGGAGCAGGAGUGGGGCAUCAUGGUGCUCGACGAGGUGCACACCAUUCCGGCCAAGAUGUUCCGUCGCGUGCUUACCAUCGUCCAGUCCCACUGCAAGCUGGGUCUAACCGCUACCCUUCUGCGUGAGGAUGACAAAAUUGCCGAUCUUAACUUCCUGAUUGGACCAAAACUGUAUGAGGCCAAUUGGUUGGAGUUGCAGAAGAAGGGCUACAUUGCGCGAGUACAGUGCGCUGAAGUCUGGUGCCCGAUGGCGCCCGAAUUCUAUCGCGAAUAUCUAACCACCAAGACCUCAAAGAAAAUGCUGCUCUAUGUGAUGAACCCGUCCAAAUUUCGCAGCUGCCAGUUCCUUAUUAAAUAUCACGAGCAACGUGGCGACAAGACCAUCGUCUUCUCAGACAAUGUGUUCGCCCUUAAACACUAUGCCAUCAAGAUGAACAAACCCUUCAUCUAUGGUCCCACCUCUCAAAACGAACGCAUACAAAUUCUACAGAAUUUCAAGUUUAAUGCAAAGGUAAACACCAUCUUCGUCUCCAAGGUGGCUGAUACCAGUUUCGAUCUGCCCGAGGCUAAUGUGCUCAUACAAAUCAGCUCGCAUGGCGGGUCACGGCGUCAGGAGGCGCAGCGUUUGGGUCGUAUUCUGCGUGCCAAAAAGGGUGCCAUAGCUGAGGAGUAUAACGCCUUCUUCUACACCCUUGUCUCGCAGGACACUAUGGAGAUGAGUUACUCACGCAAGCGGCAACGUUUUCUUGUCAAUCAGGGCUACAGCUAUAAGGUGAUCACACAUCUGAAGGGUAUGGAUACCGACACCGAUUUGAUGUACGGCACAAGUGAAGAGCAGGGCCAGCUUCUGCAAUUGGUGCUUUCUGCCUCCGACUUGGAUUGCGAGGAUGAGAAGCUGCCGGGCGAGGCGGGCUAUCGUCCUGGUGGUGGCGGCGGUGUUGUUAAACGCACUGGCAAUCUCAGUUCCAUGUCUGGCGGCGACGAUGCUAUCUACUAUGAGCAUCGGCGCAAGCAUACGGGCAGCAUACAUCCUUUAUUCAAGAAAUUUAGAGGUUAACUAAGCCCUUAUGUAAACUGUGAAUUGUUGUGGGACCCAAAUAAAGUUCAGCUACACGAAA